AGGUGCAUAUAUUAUUAUACAAAUAUGUACAGUGGUCAGUCUUUCCAAGAUACUGGACAGACUUAUGAAAAUGUGCAUUUUAAUAUGUACUAUCCAGUAACUCGGCAACAAUUUACGUACAACGUAAAUUAUGGUGGGAAUGUAUAUUAUAACGUUUACCCAAGCCAUGUAACAUGUGAUGACAGUACUGUUAAUAAUGCGACGUCAAUCGAUAGAAUAAGAAGGCGACAGGAAGAUGAGAAGGCCAUUGAACAGUUUCUCGGAGAGGCGAAAUCGGCGGUUCCUACCAAAAGCAAACAGAAAGAUCCGUUCAAGAUCGCGGCUGCUAAGAGUGCGUUGAUAUCGGCGGCUAGAUUAAAUAAGCAACUUGAGGCUGUUUGCGCGGAACUCGAGAGCAACGUCGAUCUACCGGAGGCGCAAUGGCGGGAGAAGGUCAGUGCCUGUAACGCUGCGAAACACGAAAUCUGCGAGAUCUUGAAAACUGUAAAAGACGUGAAUUUUUUGAAUAAAGUUAAGAACGAUUUAGAAAAACGUAGGAAAAAACGCACGAGAGAACGGCUCCGAAGGAAAGAAUGGAGAAGGGAGAAGUCGAUGAAGGAAGAGAGAAGAGCGAGAUUGCACGCGGAGGCUGACGCGUGGAUUCGAAAGGAGCAGGCGGUAGUCGAGCGGGAGAAACAAGAGGAGAAAUUGCGCAAGGAUGCAGACAUGGUUUUAUCCGACGUGCGAAGCAAGAGGAACGAUGCGCGAAAAUAUCUGGGAAUUUUGCAAGAACUACAGAACUUGCGAAAGAUCAAGGCGAACAUCGCUCGAGCGAGGGGCGAAAAAUUGUCCUCGGCAGCUGAGGAAACGUUCAAUGAUACUAUCGCUAAAUUAAUGGAACAGUGGACUACUUUGGAUCGCGAAUAUGCGACAGAAGAGCAGGAAUUAAAAUUGAUGCUCAAAACAGAUAACGAAAAGAGGAUCGAAAAGCAAACGAAAAAUAUAUUCGAAGAUUGGGAGAAUGUACUAUUUGGAACAAGUAUAUUGGCUGCUGAACAAUCCUACAAGAAUGUCGAUGGUUUUAUCAUGAUUCGUGCGGCCUGGGAUAAAUUCAUCAGUUCGGAAACUGAUGCAACAACGAUUCCAAUUGGAUGGAUAGUGCCUGAAAAACCAUCCUCUGCUGCUUGGCAAAAAUGCCUAAAUAAGGAGACUUCUUGAAAUUAUUGAAUAAACGUGUCAAUUUAAGUUUACUUGAAAAAAAAAAAAAAAAACAAUUUACUAGAAUAUUUUUAAUCAAGUCACGCGACUUGUAUACACCAUGAUGAAGUUUUUCACUAUGCUUUCGCAAAAAUUGUUAUACGAUAUGGAAAGAAAUAUUAUUUCAAUUUUCAAA